CCUGGGUGGCUCACACCAGAGGAAAAUAUUUAAAUAAAUGGAUUCUCUGACGGAAUUGGAGAUAGAUCCUGCCAAAUCGACACUACCGGUCGUACCGUAUCCAUCGGAAAUUCAGCGAUUCUCAGCGGCAGAACUUAGCUACGGUGAGUUUUUCAAUUGUUUCAUGUUAACAAACACGGCCGUCGUUGUUACUUCCGUGUCCGACGAUUGGGAGUGCUUUCGCCGCUGGGUACAUCGCGAUGAUGAUGUCGAUAAAGUAGAUGUGGACUACCUGAAGCUCCAGAUUGCCAAUGUUACCGUUCCGGUUGCGGAUUGCGGAAAACAGUAUUUUAAUGCGCACGAGAAGGUUACUAUGAAGUUUCAUGAUUUCCUGGACUUGUGGGCUGAUGGAGUUGGUCGGAACAAUGGGAAGCUAUACCUUAAGGAUUGGCAUCUGCGGAAUGUAAUGCCGGAAUAUCGGUUCUAUGAAACGCCUAUAUUUUUUGGUUCCGAUUGGCUUAACGAGUACCUUGAGGAUCGUAAGCAAGACGACUAUAUGUUUGUUUAUAUUGGCCCACGAGGAACGUGGACACCAUUCCAUGCGGAUGUAUUUUCAUCUUAUAGUUGGUCAACCAACAUUUAUGGUAAGAAGAAAUGGCUACUAUUGCCACCGGGAGAAGAAGAAAAGCUGAAGGAUAAUCUGGGAAAUCUUCCUUUUGAAAUCAAUGUAGAACUUUUGAAGGAAAACGGUGUACUGUAUAAUGAGGUCAGUCAGACAGCGGGUGAAGCGAUAUUUGUUCCCAGCGGAUGGUACCAUCAGGUCGAAAAUUUAGAGGAUGCGAUUUCAGUUAAUCAUAACUGGUUUAAUGGGUGUAACAUAGACAACAUCUGGAACAGUUUAUGGGCAGCACAUGAGCAAGUAGUGAAGGAAAUCGAUGAUUGUAGAGAUAUGGACAACUUUCAUCAACAUUGUCAGGUAAUGUUAAAGGCAUCCUAUGGAAUGGACAUUGAAUUAUUUUUAGAUAUAUUAAUACAUGUUAGUAAGAAACGAAUUAUAGCUAUUAAUGAAGGAUUAAGCGUAAUACACUUUGAAAUCUACAAACUUGGUAAGAAGCAUAACCAAUUUGAUUUAAUUAAAAUUCAAACUGUCCUCAGUAAAAUGCAUAACCAAAACGAUUUGCUUAAAAGAUUGCAACUAUUGACCAAAGUUGAAUACUGCAUGGAUGAAAUAAAACAAGCACUCAAAUAAGGAAAAGAAAACAACACACACAGAAUGCUGUCUAAACGAUUUUUUUGGGUGGAAUUUUUGAUUGUUUGACUUCACUUUACCACAAAAAUAACAUAUUUUCUAUGUUUUUUGUUCGAACAUUUCAACCCUCUAUGAAAUGUUUUUUUUUUGUAUAUUUUGUGAAUAGUCAAUAUUAGGUUAGUCAUAGAAAAAAUAGCACAAUGUAAAUAAACAAAUUAUUGAUAGCGUUUAAAUAAAACGUACACCUACGAUGUUAUAUUUCAAUGUA